GUUUUGUAGCUUUGAUCAGAUGCAAGCUGCUUUCAUCUCGAAGAUGGAUCUCGUGAUGCUCGUUCUAUAGAAGACAAAGAGCAAGCUGAUUAAGGUCAUACAUAUAUAGUUAAAACAAAAAGGGGUGAAAAUACGAUGGUGAAAAUGCUUUUGAAGUAUACCAUGUUAGAGAUUCUGGGCAUUACACUUCUUGCUGGACAGUUUUUCUGCAUGGUUCAAGGCGAUUCGCAUUACUACGACUUCGUUCUUAGGGAGAAGAACUUCACGAGGCUGUGUAGCACAAAGAGCAUGCUGGUUGUAAAUGACAGUUUUCCAGGGCCGGUAAUCCGUGUUCAUAAAGGGGAUACUGCCUUUGUUAAUGUCCACAACCAAGGAUAUUAUGGCGUCACUAUUCACUGGCAUGGUGUGAAGCAGCCAAGAAAUCCAUGGUCAGAUGGUCCUGAAUAUAUUACACAGUGUCCAAUUCAACCCGGAACAAACUUUACAUAUGAGGUUAUAUUUUCCGAUGAGGAAGGAACCCUUUGGUGGCAUGCGCAUAGUGAUUGGACACGAGCAACCGUUCAUGGCGCGAUAGUUGUCCUGCCGGCCAUUGGUUCCACCUACCCAUUUCCCGAGCCAGACGGAGAUGAGGUCGUCGUGCUCGCGGCCUGGUACAAAGGAAAUAUGAAGGAGUUGGUAGAUGAGGCCAUGUUUGCCGGUAGUGACUUGCCACAUUCUGAUGCUUAUACCAUAAACGGCGAACCAGGAGACUUUUGUGAUUGCUCGAAUGGAACGGCAAACCGUUGGAUAGUUGAUUAUGGCAAAACCUAUCUUUUUCGAAUUGUUAAUGGUGUCAUGAAUGCAGAAGUCUUCUUUGCAGUUGCUCAACACAAUUUCACAGUUGUUGGGAUGGAUGGUCAUUACAUCAAACCCAUUGCCACGGAUUAUAUCAUGAUAAGCCCGGGACAAACAAUGGAUAUCUUACUCACAGCAAACCAAUCUCUUGGCUCCUAUUACAUGGCUGCAAGACAAUUCUCGAGCGAGGACGUCAGCGUUACUGGAUUUGAUCACGCCAAUGUAACCGCAAUUCUUGAAUACAGAGGAAAUCCUACUUCCCCAUCGCCUCCUUCCUUUCCGAGUACACUUCCUAUGUACUUGGACUUCUACGCAGCCUUGAAAUUCACCAAAAGUAUAAGGAGCUUGGCAAGCCAAGACUAUCCGGUAAAUGUCCCCCUGAACAUAACAACAAGAAUGGUCGUAACAGCUUCCAUGAAUACGAUGAUUUGCACAUCAUGCUCAGAAGGGGUUGAUAAUGAUAUCUUAGCUUCAAGCUUAAAUAACAUAAGUUGGGUCAACCCACAUACAGAUGUACUGCAAGCCUACUACAGGAAUAUUAGUGGGGUGUACACCACAGACUUCCCGGACUUUCCGCCUUCAUUCUUCAACUUUACAGCCGAUGAAUUUCCGGAUAACAUCGACCUAACAGUCCAAGGGACCAAGUUGAAGGUGCUGAAUUAUAACGAAUCAGUAGAGAUAGUUUUUCAAGGGACUAACCUGUUGAAAGGCUCAGUGAAUCAUCCUAUGCAUUUGCACGGAUAUAGCUUCUAUGUGGUUGGAACAGGUUUUGGUAUUUUCAACAAUAAAACCGACCCAGAAGAGUUUAACUUGGUCGAUCCUCCCGAGGUUACUACCUUUGGAGUCCCUAAGAUUGGAUGGGUUGCCAUCAGAUUCGUGGCAAAAAAUCCAGGUGUGUGGUUUUGGCAUUGUCACUUGGAUCGACAUUUGAGUUGGGGUAUGAACACAGUAUUUAUAGUGAAAAAUGGGGGCACUGUUGAGACAAGCAUCCGCCAACCCCCUGCCUACAUGCCAUCUUGCAAAGUUCCAUUAAAAUCUUGGCUAAAGAAUGAGGAUGUGUUGGACGAGAGAGCUAGUAAAUGAGUCAUUGUAGCUCGAUAAUCUGAUUUGAUUUGGAACUUGAUUAUCUAGCUACAGGUUUCUUCAUUGUCAUCGUCAUCGUUACUAAUUAGCUGCAUGCAGUACGUACGCCAGCUGGCUCGAUCUUGAUCGAUCGGCAAUAAAUUAAAUCUGAUUUAUUAGAGUAAUUCAUGUCACAAACAUGAAGAACAA